CCCGGGGUUUACCGGCGGGAGAGCCGGGCUCUGCCCGGCGGUGCCGAGGCGAUGGGCACAAGCCGCAGUUAAACAUAAGGCCUUUUUCAGGGGCUGGGGGAGGCUGCCCGCGGAGGCUGCAGGGUCUCUGUGUCGUGUGUCCCCCCCUCCCCGAGCAGGGGGGCUGCCGCAGGGGACACCCCUCGGCCUUGGAAAGACGGCUGCUGGUGUCCUCCCUCCUGGUGUCCUUGCGGUGGGAGAGCCCGCGGCAGAAAGCAAUCCCCGGAGGAUCGCUGUGCUCUCCCGGCUCGAGUGGAGGGGAUGUGUCCUGGGAGGGAUGCUCAGAGGGGUCUGUGACCUGCCGGGCGGCUCUUCCCCAAAAACCCCCGGGCUCGGUGUGCGCUGCUGAUCGGGGUGCCCCGCAGCCAUGUCCCCCGGACAGGAGGUGAGUCACCCCUCCCCAGGCACCAGCUCCUGACCCGGCCGUGGCCGCGGGGCUCGCACCCCAGUGGUGAUGGCAGCCCAGGCUGCCCGGAGCAGCCUUGCGGUGACUCUGGCGUGAAGCAGCUGCCGGUGCCCGAGGAGCAAGGGGACAGAGCCCGCUUCCUGGGGGACCCUCACCGGGCAGGUGCUGGGGCAUGCUGGCAAGCACAGACCCCCUGCUCCAGGUCCCUGCCUGGCCGUUGUCCCUCUGACAGGGCCAAUGGCAGUCAUCGCUCUGGGGGGGGACCAGGUCCCACCGGGAGCCAAGCCGGGCCAUGGCUCUGGAGCAGGCACGUGGGCACCCGGGGGCUCUGCACAGCCGCUCCCACAGGCAGCGUCAAGGGGCCCUGGGGCACCCUGAUCCCGUCUGUCCUGAUUCCUGGGAAGGGAGGUGUAGAGGCCUGAAUGGCUGCUUUCGGGAUCAGCCAGGUGAUUUUCCAGCCCAGCAUGUCCGCCAAGUGUUCUCCUUGGCUGAGGAUGAAUCCCCGGCGCACGUGCCACGUGCAAGGCAGGACGCGCGUCAUGACCGUCACCGGGUUAAUGGCAGGCAUCCCGCUCCGCCUGCCAGUGUGCCGCCGGCACCCACGGCUGUGCGCCCUGUCCGGUGGGCUGCGCUCCACUGCCGCAGGCAAACCCAGCAGGGCUUGGUGGGGCCGGCCAGGCGCCGGGGCGCCCGCUGUGCUGGCAGUAUGGAGGCGCGGUGCCGGCGCAGCGCAGCGUUCGACUGCACGCCCCAGCCGGCAGCCUGCUGCCCCGACUGGAUGGCGAGACUCCCCGACGCCCUGCCUCUCUCCCGCCUCUCCAUCCCUGGCACCCACGACUCCCUCAGCCUGUUCGGCGGCCGGCGCCUGCGGUGCCAGAGCUGGGGCCUGGAGGCCCAGCUGGCAGCCGGCAUCCGCUUCCUGGACGUGCGCUGCAAGCUGGCGCGGGGCGAGCUCCACGUCUACCACCUCUGCACCUUCCAGCGGGCCAGCCUGCGGGGGGUCCUGCGCCGCACCCUGCGCUUCCUCCGCGCCCACCCCGGCGAGGCCGUGCUCAUGCGCAUCAAGGAGGAGCUGCCCAUCUUCCCCCGGCCCGGCUUCGCCACCCGGCUCCACCGCUGCUUGCUGGAGGAGGGACGGGGCCACGUGUGGUGCCGGGAGGAGGUGCCGACGCUGGGCCAGGUGCGGGGGAAGAUCGUGGUGCUGGAGGCGCUGGCGCGGGAGGUGCUGGGCAUCCCCUACGAGCAGCUGAGCAUCAGUGACGCCUGGAACGUGCUCUCGCUGGAGCGCAAGUGGGUCCGGGCGCGGCGGCACCUGGAGAGGGCGGCCGGCGGGGACCCCGCCACCAUGCACCUCACCUUCUGCUCUGGUAACGGGCUCUUCACCUGCCCCGAGGAGGUGGCCCGCUUUGUGAACCCCCGCUGCUACCAGCACCUGCGGCGCCGGGGGGGGCAGCCGGUGCGCUGGGGGGUGGUCAUCAUGGACUUCCCCGGGGCAGGGCUCCUGCGGCUCAUUGUGGAAAGCAACGCCCCACGGGCCGUCGGGCACUCGACGGUGGCCCCUGGCACCCCCACGGCAUCCCCACAGCACCCCCGCGAGAGGGGAUGGGCGUCGCAGCCGGCACAGCUCCGCUCACUGCCCGCGCCGGUGUCCAUCGGGACGGACGCUGCUCCCGGCUCCACGCCUCUGCCGAAGGACGUCAGCUCCCGUAGAGCGAAAGCGGGUUUCUAGCUCUUGCUGGGCACCAGGAAGCCUUCGCGUGACAACGGUGUGACAGCAGCGGAGGCAGCAGAGGAGGAUUGGCGGCUGCAGUUGGAGCCAGGCAGCCCGGGCAGCUGCCUGCUGCCUGCUGCUCUCCCCUGAGGAGCCAGGGGCUUGCCCCAAAAGUCAGGACUGUUAGAGAGAGGCAGCUUCAGCAGGCGCCGCUGACCCUGUGCACGGAGAGUUGGAUGGCCAAGGCAGCGGCAAUUCAGAUGGGGCUACCCCGUCCCCAGGGUUGCACACCCAGGGGAUGCUGCACAGGGCAAAGCCCAGUGGUUUGCAAGAGCGCGGGCAGCAUGGACGUGGCAGUUUGUAGAUCCACAAAAGCAAAGUGGUUGAGACGUAAGAAAGACCUUAAAACGUACGCUGUGCCAGAGCCUGCUCUACCUGUGAUAAAUAAAUCAGCAAUUUAAAUAGUUGCAGUGCACAGUAGCUCUUCGGAGCAGAGAGAUAACCGAGACCCCAGAGGAGAAAGCAUCAAACUGCUGGCUGCACUGAAGCAGAGAUGUGAGAAAGAGAAGAGGAAAGCUCAGCCCUCGCCUGCCAAAAGGUGAAGAGCGUCCUCAAGGAUGCCUCUGUCUCAAGGGAAAAUGCAGCUGGGCUCAGUGCCUGCCGGAGGGGAUGCCGCAGGAUUUCCUGGCUGGAGGAGAGACAUUGUUUGCUCCACGGGAGCUGGCCCUGGCUGGAGGCACCGCUCUCGGGGCUGAGUUUGUUCAUGCGCUGGCUCCGGGCAGGCUGCGGCGGCUCUGCUUGGGGAGCAGAGGAGGACGGAGCCCAUGCUGCAAAGAGCCAGACGGGAGGGGAACAGGCAAUAGCCCACAGGGGGUGAUGGAGGUGACGAAGAGAGGAAUCUGUCUCUGGGCUUGCUUUGUGAAACGGGAGAAGAUUGAAAUCUCUGCAUUAAACCAGACAUGUGACAGAAGCACUGGUGAUGUCCAGGGUGCCGGUGGCCUGCUCCAUCGGCUGCCAACGCCUCCACCACCUGGGCUGCCCCCCACGCCAAGCCAGCGUGACAGCUCUAGGCAUCAUUCUUGUGCUGGGAAGACGGGUGCCUUUGGGGGGCAGCCUAGGUGGGUCGGUGGCCUGUCCCAGCCUUCCAGGGAUGCACAGUGCUGUGGGGAGCCGGGCAGGGUGCAGGCAGAGCAAUAGCCGUUCCCAGGAGCAGCCCUGCAGGCUGGGUGGUUCUGCUCUUGCUUAGGGUAAGGGAUGGCUAUGGGGCUGUCCCUGGAUGCAGCACAUCCCUGGAGCUGCACCCCAGCACCCCAUACGCACCUUGUGCCCUGGCUCGCUGGCAGGGCAGAGGUACUGCUUGGGAUUCCACGGGAGGGCAGAGCCGCUUGUUUACUGCCUACCACACAAGCGGUGAGAUAACUUCAGCGUUAUCUGCGCCCCUGGCAUCCUGCUUGGCAAACCCUUAUCUGUGCCACGCACAUGUUGCUGCUGCCAGGCGCCAGGGAGCCGGCAGGCAGUGCGGGCAGGGGUACCCAGCUGGCAGCGGUGCCCGAUGAAAAGGCUCUCCAUCACCGGCAUGGCAGGGGAAAGGCAUGAGGCAGAAAGCUGUCCUACAGCUGAGAUCAAAGAAAUGCCUCCGAGAGGGACCAGGUGGGGUGGGCAGGAGUGAUUUGCCCAAAACUAUGCCUGCAUCCCGCUGUGAGGUCCCUGUGGGUGGGGGGUGCAGAGUGCCAUGGCACGUGGGCUGUCUCGGAGGCAUCCCUGUCCUGGCCCCAGCUAAUCCUUGCAAAUCUCUCAUUCCCUUCAAGCCAGGGCGACACUUGGAUAACAAGUCUUCCUGCGGCCAGACACUUUCAAAUUGUGCGAAAGAUUUUAUCAGGCGCUGCUCUCCUCCAGGGCCAUCGGAGGAAGGUCUGGCUGCCGGGGCCAGCAGCUCAGGGACACCCUUUGGGUCAAACACCCAGUGAGGACCUGUGGGGGGGGACACCUGUCCCCUGCCCGCGCUCAGCAGGUGCCUCCAAAGCCUCUGCUCACGAGGGCAUUGCAGGACCUGGGGAGAGCUGCCCCCAUCCCCACGGUGGAGUGGGGGGACGGCGGAAGCGGGGCUGCACCUCGGCGGGGCGUGGGUCCUCACCAGCACCACGCCACGCUCCCGCAGGGGUGCCACCGGGGGCCUCCUCAAUCUGGUGGGCUGCUGAGCCCUGCCCGGCAGCAGGGGCGAGGGGAGCAGCGGGCUCCCCAGGAAGGCGCCCGCUGUAUCGCUGGCGGCAGCCGAGCCAAGCGGGCUGUGUCAGGGUGACUUGGUUCCUCUGCGGUUUGCCGGGGGACAUUGCAUAAGGAGGGGAACAGGCCGUGCCGUCGUGGGGCAGGAGCCUCUGCUGAAAACAACACAAGCGUGCCUCUUUGCGGGGGGGUUGCGGCGUGCUGAUGACGGGGGUGCCUCUUGGACCCCCUGCCCCCAGGGUCUCAGUCCACCAGGUCCUGGGGACUCCCUGGGGACACAGUGCAGGGCGCAGCUUGGACUUGGCCCUGGGGCAUCUGUCCACCUCUGCCAGCACCCACCUCCCCAUGCAGCACCUACAGCCCCUGUCACCACGGAUCCCAUCAGCACUGGGGCAGUCCCAGCACCAUCAGGAUAGUUGUGCAGGCAUUGCACCUCGCCCUGUGUGUGACACCCUGCCCGCGGCACGGCCGAGCGUGCCGAGAGGGAGCAGAGCAUCAGCCUGGGCAGGCAGUGACAGCUGCAGUGGCCAAGCUGCUUCCUCCCAGCGAGUCCUGCGGUCACAGCCUGUGCAUGGGUUGCCCAACUCCACUGGCUGCAUGGCACCCUCGGCAGUGAUGCCGAGGCAUGCGUGGGGCAACCGUGCCCCUUCCUCACAGAUACAGCCCGCGGCAGGGCUCUCGCGAGAAAGAGCAUCGCCUCCAUCUGUGGCUCAGGACCGGGACACAGCAAAGGAGGCACAUUUCUAUUCCAGAUCCCUGCAGGGCUGAGGGAUGGUGAGGAUGUGACAUGGGAAAGCGUCUUUGUACCUGCUCCCUUAAGCUCCUGCUGAGCGAAGCCCUGGCUUGCAGCUUGUGCUGUGCCCUCAGAGGGCAGCUGGGGGGACGGGAUGCGCCAUCCCGCUGCCUGGGAAAUCCCUGUGCUGCUUAGCCCGUAAGGCAGGGACGGGCCCUUCCUUGGUAAGUGGGGCAGCAGCAUCCUGAAUCCUUCCUGGGGAGCCAGCCUUGGAAACCACCCAAGAUGUGAAAGGGUGAUUAACCUGGUGAUUAACCAGCUCCCAGCAGAGCUGAUUCAGGUCUUCUUUCCCUCCCACCAUGUGUACCUUUUUCCACCACCUGCAAAGCAACCCUCGGUACCAGUCCUGGCAUGCAGGACCCCCUUUCCAAGCCCAGGUACCCACAGGCACAGGGUACCUGUCCCUACAAGCAGCUUUGAACUUGGCCACGUUCUGCCCUUCGCAGUGGCAGCCUCUGGGUCUCAGCCACCUUGUUUCUGUUUUUUAAACAAUACCAGAAACUAUUUGUAGUUACAAAAAUAAAGGUGGGAAUAUUUUUUUUCUACUGCUCUGCCCUACCGUGUCGGGUCGCAGAAGAAGUGAAACUGGCAGGGGCACAGCCUGCUCACCCCCGGGGCUGUGCACCUGCAAGCACCCCUCUGACUCCCCGCGGGUCUCCCACCAUGUGGGAGAGGCAGCUCCCACCCUGCCCAGGUGACCCUCAGCAUUUGGAGAUGCUCUCCUGCCCCAGCAGCUGCCCCUCAGCCUCUCUGCCUGCCCAGCUGCUUCUUCCCUUGUGCACCGUCUGCACGUGAGCUGCUAGAAAGCAAGCGCUCCGGAAUUACUGGACAUACAGGCUCAUCCUCAGCAAUUCCACAGAAAUAGACAAUUACAGUAAAACAUUUUGCAAGAAAGAUAUCCAGAGACAGGAACUGAGUUUCAUUUACAUUGGCCAAAUAUAAACUCAUUGUAGUGCAUUAUGGCUUUUGUGGGAUGGGUUCCUCCUUUUGUCUAGCAUGAGUCCCGCUGGAGCAGCAUCAAUUUCUCUGGAACUGGAAAUUGCAUGUGACCUGCACGGCUCUCGCUUUGGUCUAGCUGGAAGUGAGCGGGGUAAUUCCUGCAGAAAACCCUGCCAAGGCAAUUAAUUAAUUAGAAGCAGAACAGGGUAAGGAAAGAUUUGUGGUGAUUCAAGAAUGGUCCAAGGGGAGGUGGAACAAUGAGGCAUGUUCCUGAAGCAUCAGUGAAGUUCAUAAAGGACAUUUAAAACUCGGGAAGUUCCUCUGGCAUGUUCUUGGAUCUUUCUCAUAAAGAUUUAAAAGCAAACACAGGAAAA